AUCUGGAUGGACUAAGCCAACUGAGUUACCAAGACAACCUAUCCUAUCGUGAAGAUGACCACAUAUCUGUUGAUUCAAGAACAACUGAGAGUAGGGGCGCUGGACAGCAUAAAGCACCUAGGAUGGAGUCUGGUAUUGCUGAUGGCAUUAGACAGCAAGCCACAGAAGGACAUUUGGAAAUGGAGACAGCAUUUACCAACCAGGGAUUUGAAGUAAAUGGUGCUACUGACAACUCAUCGGCUUGGACCCCUGAGGAACAUAGUGAAGUGAUCAGUGUACCAGCUCAUCAUGGUGCUCAUGAGCCCAUCUGUAAAUGUGGUGAUCUAGAUGUCAUCUUCAACUAUAAAGCCUCAAGUCAAAAGCUGGUAGUUACUAUCCUGGAGGCCAGGGAUAUCCCAGACAAAGACCGCAGUGGUGUGAACACCUGGCAAGUGCACACAGUCCUGAUGCCUAGCAAGAAACAGAGGGGUAAGACGAGUGUUCAGAGAGGACCCAUCCCCAUGUUCAAGGAUAAAAUUACCUUCAGUAAGCUGGAGCCAGAGGAGUUAAGCAGCCACGCCAUUCGUUUCCGCCUCUACGCGGUGCACAAGAUGAUUGGAGAGAAGAUGAUGGGAGAGCAGUUGUUCUACCUGAGCAACAUCAGCCAGGAAGGAGAAGUGAAGGUGACGUUGGUCUUGGAGCCAAGGAGUAACUUGAGAAGUGCAGACUCUCAGCUUAGUCUGUCAGCAAUCUCUCACAGUGAUAGCGCUUCUUCAACACAGUCCCUGUCACAUGGAGGGGUGCCAGAGCUGCUCGUGGGAUUGUCGUACAAUGCCACUACGGGGCGGCUGUCAGUGGAGAUGAUCAAAGGCAGUCAUUUCCGAAACCUCGCAAUUAAUAGGCCACCUGACACCUACGGAAAGCUCUGCCUGCUCAACUCUGUGGGUCAGGAGAUGUCUCGCUGCAAGACCUCCAUCCGUCGAGGACAGCCCAACCCUGUCUACAAGGAAACUUUCAUCUUCCAAGUUGCCCUCUUCCAGCUCUCUGAUGUCACGCUGAUGAUCUCCGUGUACAACAGACGCAGCAUGAAGCGCAAAGAGAUGAUUGGCUGGAUUUCUAUGGGUCAGAAUAGCAGCGGAGAGGAAGAGCAAAGUCAUUGGCAGGAAAUGAAGGAAUCGAAGGGGACGCAGGUCUGCAGGUGGCACACACUACUGGAGUCCUAGCAGUUACCAGGGCAGCCUGCGGGUCCUGGGACUAUGGGCUGUCUUCCUUUGUUCUCAGUCAGCAGAAAACAACUAUCCCAUGGCAAGCACCGUGCUCUGGCAGGUCA